AUGUCGUCGUUCAAUUUGCUAAUCGCUCAAAAGGCUCAACUUGCACACAUCUACCCCGCGCUCAUCGCGAGCAGUGUCAUUAACGGAUCAGACCCUGUCCAGCCAGUUGCGGUUGUCAUCAAGGAGGUUGAACUCCUCGACAAAGCUGUUCCCGAAUCCUCAAUUGGUGUUCAGCUUGAGGGCGAUGAUGUCGUCUACGGACCUGAAGCUGUGCUUAAGAAAUUGAUUUCUGCAUACCCACAGCACCUCCGUGGAAGCCAGGGUUCUUUGGAAGACGAAUGGAUUGCCUUUACUCUUACCCGCCUUUCCGGUGGGACUAAGGACUUUAAAUCCACCUCUGCUGCGCUCGAGGAACUCAACAACCACUUGACCCUUCGCACAUUCCUUGUGGGAUACACUCUUACCAUCGCCGAUAUUUCUGCAUGGGGUGCUCUCAAUGGUAACGGCCAGGCCAUCUCUGCCAUCAAGAGAAACCACCUUCCCAACUUGGUCCGGUGGUUCAAGUACAUUGGUUCCAUCGAGCGGGUAUCUACUGUCGUUGAGAGCUUCAAGGCGGAAAUGACUACCAAGAAGAAGGCAAAAAGCAAGGAGGGCAGCUAUGAGAUUGGCCUCUUGGACACCGACAAGGGGGUUGUCACCAGAUUCCCUCCUGAGCCAUCAGGUUACCUUCACAUUGGUCACGCCAAAGCAGCUAUGCUCAACCAGUACUUUGCGCAGCACUACGGCGGAACCAUGAUUAUCCGUUUCGACGAUACCAACCCCACCAAGGAGAAGCAGGAGUUCCAGGACUCCAUUCUUGAGGAUCUCGCCCUUCUUGGAAUCCACGGUGACAAGAUCACCUACACUUCUGACCACUUUGACCGCCUCUACGAGGAAGCUAUCAAAAUGAUCAAACUCGGCAAAGCCUACUGCGACGACACUACACAGGAGCAGAUGCGCCACGAGAGAAUGGAGGGCAUAGCCUCCAAGAACCGCGACCGCACCGUCGAGGAGAACCUCGCUGCCUUUGAGGAAAUGAAGAACGCCACCGAACAAGGCGUCAAGACCUGUCUCCGCGCCAAAAUCAGCGUCGACGACCCCAACAAGGCCAUGCGCGACCCCGUCAUCUACCGCUGCAACCCCAGCGUACACCACCGCACCGGCGACAAAUACAAAGUCUACCCCACCUACGACUUUGCCUGCCCCAUCGUCGACUCGCUCGAGGGCGUCACCCACGCCCUCAGAACAAUCGAGUACCGCGACCGCAACCCGCAGUACUGGUGGAUGAUCGAUGCCCUCGGCCUACGCAAGGUCCACGUCUGGGACUUUGCAAGACUCAACUUCAUCCGCACCCUCCUCUCCAAGCGCAAGCUCACCUGGUUCGUCGAGGAAGGGCUCGUCCGCGGCUGGGACGACCCGCGCUUCCCCACUGUGCGCGGUAUCCGUCGCCGCGGAAUGACGAUCGAGGCCCUCCGCAACUUCAUCCUCGCACAGGGCCCGAGCAAGAACGUGGUCAACCUCGACUGGACCAUCAUCUGGGCGGGCAACAAGAAGGUCAUCGACCCCAUCUCCCCCCGCCACACCGCCGUCUUGGCCGCCGGCGCCGUCAAGGCCCGUGUCAUUGGCGGCCCCGCCGCCCCCGUCGUCGAGAUGAAGCCGAAGCACAAGAAGAACGCCGAGAUUGGGCUGAAGAAGGUUGUGCUGGGCGACGAGGUGCUGCUCGACCAGGAGGACGCGCGCUCGUUCAAGGAGGGCGAGGAGAUCACGCUCAUGGACUGGGGGAAUGCGUUUGUGACCAAGAUCACCCGUCCGGACCCUGCGGGCGAUGUGACGGCGCUGGAGCUGACGCUCCAUCUCGAGGGCGACUUUAAGAAGACGGAGAAGAAGGUGACGUGGUUGGCGGCGGCGCAGGAGACGGUGCAGGUCGAGCUGGUGGACUUUGAUUAUCUGAUUACCAAGGAGAAGCUGGAGGAGGAGGAUGAGUUGAAGAAUUUCAUCAAUCCGAAGACGGAGUUUAGAGAGGAUGCGAUUGCGGAUUGUAAUAUUGCGCAGGUGAAGGUGGAUGAUAUCAUACAGUUUGAGAGGAAGGGGUACUAUAGGUGUGAUGAGGCGGCCGCGGAGGGGAAGAAGGCGGUCUUCUUUUGUAUCCCGACGGGGAAGACGGAGAAGAAGUAG